AUGUUCCUGAGCUGUAGCUCAGAGAGCGGCGAGGACAGUGUGUUCAGGUGUCGUCUCCCUGCAGGACGCCUGGUGGCCGGUCUCAUCGUGGACUUCCUGCAGGUCUUCAACCUGGACUUCAGCCUGGCUGUGUUCCAGCCGGAGAUCAACUCGCUGAACGGUGUGGACAGUCGGGACCUGGUCCUCAGAGAUCUGGGUCUGUCAGAGUCUGAGGUGAACAGGAAGUGUCCUCUGCUGCUGGAGCUGGUGAAGAGAGGACGACACAGAGCAGCUGAG